AGCGCGUACAAGUACAGUUGCUAGUCCAUAAAGAACCUUGGUCACGUACGGUUGUGCACGGUUAAUCGUCUGGUGAUUUCUAGUGGGGCAUCAUCUCAACUUGGAAGGGAAAGGUGAAAGUACGGAAUAGUGCAUUCUAGUGGAAGCUGAAGCAGAAACCAUUAUAUUUUGGAAGGCACCAUUCUAGGUAUUGAAGUCGAUGGUGUUUGUCUAGCAUAUAGACACCAUUAUCCCGCUCGUCUAUUGUUUACCAUACUGUGCUACGGUUCAAUUUCUGGUUAAACAGUGUUUAGUGCUGAGUGUUCAACAGAUAAUAAUAAGUACCAAGAAGUGAGCUAUUGCAGUUUAAAUUCUACUUUAAAGAGUGCUUUAGUGGAUAAAGUUUGAGCAUCGAACGUAUUCCUAUUUGUGUCGAUCAAGAAGAGCAAAGCGAAGAAGUGUUUCUAUCUCCAAAUCAGAACGAGCAACGAAUAGGAUUUCGGUUCUAGAAUCGGUAUUUGUGUGUAUCGUUGAACGAAGGAUUACGUUGCUGCUCGUCAUAUUUUUUGGAAGCAAACAUAUUGUGUCUGCACUUGUCGGAGUCGUUAUUGUCGUCUGGUUUCAUCAGGUACUAGGCGUGAGUCAUUGUUCGCGUGUAUUCGUUUGUGGGAGUUACUGGACAAGGAGUUCCAGCGUUGAGUUCCCAUUCACACAUCAAUAAAAUUGUCUCUUCGAGAAACCGCCAAAAUGCCGUCCGUGGGAGUAGCGUGUGUCAGAUACCUGGUGUUUUUCUUCAAUUUCCUGUUCGCGAUCACCGGGCUGGUCGUCGUAGUGACGGGAGCCAUCAUUCAGUCGUCCUAUCACCACUACUCGAACUUUCUCGGUGAGAGCUUCUGGACAGCCCCUAUAGUGCUAAUCGUCAUUGGAUCCGUCAUAUUCGUCGUUGCCUGUUUUGGAUGCUGUGGCGCCGCAAAGGAGAGCCCAUGUAUGAUCAUAACGUUUUCGGUCUUCUUGGGGUUGGUGUUCCUGGCUGAAAUCGGCAUUGGCGUCGCCGGCUAUUACAAACACGAAGAACUGAGCGGCAUUUUGGAGAAGGGAUUCAACGAAACGCUGGACAACUAUAAGACAAAUUUGGCCGCCCAAGAGGCCUGGAAUCUGGUCCAAUCGGAGAUGAAGUGCUGCGGCGUCAACGGACCGGAAGACUGGCAGCCAAUUUUUAAGAACGAUACCGUACCGAAAUCGUGCUGCCACGAGUUGCCGAUCGGAGUGAACAGGUGUACUCGGAAAUACGCCGACCCGGAAGGGUGCUUCCCGAAGCUGUCCGCUUUUCUCGGAUCCAAGUCCCUCUUGAUGGCUGGAAUCGGCGUUGGAUUGGCCGCUAUUCAGCUCGUGGCCGUCCUGCUCGCUUGCUGCCUGUACGGAUCAUUCCGGCGACAAUACGAAACCGUCUAAGCUGUUACAUCGUGAAGUGUGAGGGAAUGAAUAUCGUUUAAUGCCUAUUUGCUGAAAAAAGAAGACCGAUAAUUCGAUAUCGAUUAUUUACCGUGUAAAGGAAAUCAUCCGAAAUGAAAAUUACCCAUCGCUAAGCUCUUGUUGGAUUUAACAUAAAUGCUUACAUCAGAACGAUACGAAGAGGAAAGAGCAAAAAAGUUAAACGAGUAAUAAUCCACUAUGGAAAGUGAUAAGCAUUCGAGCAUUUACAACAACUAGGGGAAAGCCAUUCGCUGCUUCACUAUCGAACCCAUAAAAAUCAUUCCGGGUCGUUAUUCGAAUCGAAAUCGACAUGCGGAGAGUAGGAAAAUAUCCAGAAUUCAACCACAUUCACAUUCCAGCUCGUUCUUUCGAUGUAAUUGAUAGUAUUAAGUCCAGAGAGUAAAGAAGACAACAGGCAGUAAGCAGUCACUCCCCCCAGAUUCUCCUCACAUUACAGAAGGGAUCACAUCGGUUUUUGAGUGACUAAGGUUAUCUGAGACCAAACUCACAUUUAAGUUAAUAUUCCUUCGAUGGAGAAAGGCAAUAGAAGUAUAGCGAAGUUUGGGUGUGAGCACUUUUGUCGGCACAUUUGAAUCAGUGAUAGAAAGAGAAUAAUAAGUAUCGAAAUAUCAGAGAGCUAGUGAGUCACUCAAUCACACAAUAAUAUUUGUAGUUUGUAGGACGAAAAUGCGUCAAACCGAGAAACGAUAUAUCGUUGAUACAAUUCAAGUGAAUUAGAUAAACACAAAUCAAAAAUCGUAAGAGGAGUUUUUCUCGUGAAAAAGUAAAAUCUUUUAAGAUUACAAUCAAUUGAUACAUCAUAGAAAACUGAUGGAGUUAAAUACAGAAAAGGUAGCAGAAAACUGUGCUUUUUAAAAACAUAUGCAAAUCACCCUUAGAUGCCCUUCUAUCGUAAAUCUAACGCACCUCAAACCAUAGUGCAUCGAGCAUUGCCAGCUUUUGAUGAAAAGUGUUUCUCGAUACACAUAUUAUAAUACUUCAUUUUAAUUAAAAUAAAUCGAUUUAUAUUUGAGGAAUCUCAGUUUAUAUUUUAGUUUGAACAAAUAUUUUAGAACUAGGAUUAAUAAUUUUGAACGAAACAGAAAAUAAAAUUAAUCCAUCCAUAUUUGCGUGAAUAUAAAUAUGCAUAGAAAAAACGGUUGAAGUGUUGGCGCAUCAUCUUUAAAUUUCUUUAUUCAUAGAUUUACGUUUUGUAUGCCACGUUUGAUUUCGCCCUGUGUACGACCGUUAUUCAUAUGAACACCUAUCCAGAUAGGCAGACUGUGAAACCACAAUAACCACGAAACAAGUUGCGCCGCAAGUGGCACACAAAAAGCACAGAAAUUUACAUGAUGUUGGCUUUAUCCACACAAACCCCCCACCAUCAACCCACCAAAAUCCGAAAGAU